AUGGAGCAAAAAUGCGCAGUGUCUCCGAAUGUUCUUGGUAAAAGAAGUUCAUCCGUCACCAAAACUAGAUACUGUAAAAAGGAGAUCUGCAACGCAGACAUUGAUCGCUUCCUAGAGCCAUCCACCACCCCCUGUAAUGAUGCCUCUGCUAGCGAUUGUCGUGACCCAUCUGCACUGUUAGCAAUUUGCAGUGAUUGUGAAACAGCUCAGUUUUGUCGAAAGUCGUGUGGACUGUGUGAAGAUCACACACAAGCUGGCAGCUGGUCGGAGAACUUAGUGCUGUUUGACUAUUGGCCCAUCUAUAACAAAUGUAAUUACAGCAAGGCCGUGGGUCCGUCAAUAUGUAACAGCAUCAGGGCACACGGUAUGAACCUCAUUCAAGUAAAUCACACUACUAACGACCCCAGAGCGUACCUAAACCUUGCUUAUCCAAACAGUUACAUUCAUCUUCAUUUUCACACUCACGGAGAACCUCUGACAAACCUUCAACUGUUUGCCUGUCAGACGACAGGAAGGGGGCGAGUGGACGUCUUACUAAAUAACGUCACAAUAGAAGAGACUUACAACCGAACAGCUGUAUGGAGCCAGCGAUGGCAAUUACAUAAACUGAACCCGGCCCAGCAUACCAAUAACAACAAUUAUGUGCUCAGGAUACUAAAGGACAGACACUUCAUCAGCUGUGGUCAUUACUGGCUUGGUCGAAUUAGACUGGAGACGACCGUGGUCCACCAUGGCCAGAGGAAAAGAAAUAUGAUUAAAUGA